GAUUUGAUUCGUUCAGUCGCAAUCACUACAGAAGAAACCUUAAGAGUUCAUCAAAAAAACGAAUUAGAUUUUUGAAAAAAAUGUAUUCGCCUGUCGCUUUUCUAAGUCUCCUUUUGGCAUCUAAUUGUUUGGGCGCUCCAGCUCCGGACGGAACCAGUGUUAUGGAUCUAUUGCUCCGAGCCCGUCAGGAUCGCUUAUCUACUCUGGUGCAAGCGAUUCAAGCUUCUGGUUUGGCCGACACCCUACAAAAGGAUGGUCCUUUUACGCUGUUCGCUCCAGUAAACGACGCCUUCAAAUCCCUGCCGGAAGGGGCCGUUGCGAAAAUCUCCGCUAACCCUGCCGACCUGAAGAAAUUGCUAUUGCGUCACGUUUUCAAGGGCAACUUUGCUGCCAGUGAUCUAAAAACUGGCGACUUGACCAAUAUCGACGGAGGAGUCUGCAAAGUUGUGGUGUCGGGUCCAGAUAAUAUUACUAUCGACGGAGCCAAAAUUUACCUUCCGAUGAAUACGACCUCAACUACAGCUACCAACGGUGUCAUCCACUUUAUCGACAAGGUCUUACUACCUUCCGCUUGAAAAAUGAAUCUCGCCUGAAAUAUUUGUUAUUCCCACAAUCGAACCGAAAAAUU